AUGUUCUCGCUAGUCCGGUCAGUUUUUUUCAGCAAUUGCACUGUCAAUCAUAGUGCAACAAUUGCUACUUUCAGCUCCGAGAUCAAUCGAAGAUCGAUGUGGAUUCGGCGCUUAGGCGUCCCAGCUCUGACAACAAGAGUGGUUCUUGUUAUAAGAGGUGGCUUUUCUGGUGUCUGGGCAUUACACGACAGGACUUCCGAGUGCACGGGAUUGAGAAGCCCCCCCCCCGGGCUCGGGGGAGUCUGGUAUUCGAAUCGAUAUCCCGGGGUACGGGCAGACAACCCACAGCCUGAAUCAUUCCCUGCACAAGCCGAGAUUCUGUCGUACUUCGAAUAUGUCGACAGCCGAUGGAAGAUCAGCCAGCACUAUACUUUCUCAACUUCCGUCACUGGUGCCUUUUGGGAUGCCCCGUCUCACCGGCGGAAUGUUUUGCUCUCUGAUGGGCAAGUGCUUCUGACGAGAUGGCUGGUAUGUGCCGUGGGCAUUGCUUCGUUUCCAUCUCUCCCAGGUGUUACAGGUAUGGAUCAAUUCAAGGGGGAAGUCUAUCACAUGGCGGAAUGGCCAGACUCCGAUAUCGACUGGAAAGACAAGAGGGUGGUAGUGAUAGGCACUGGUGCUUCUGCCCCUCAGGUUAUUCAAAAGCUUGUCCCGCAAGUCCAACAAUUGACAGUGUAUCAAAGAUCUUCCAUGGUUGGGUUUCCUAAAGCUAAAGAUCCGGACGAGAGGGAAUGGGCCGACAAGGAGCAUGCGAAAAAAGUCACACGAGAGUGCAAUACAUAUCAUUCCACUUUCCCCUUUGUCUUUCAAUCUGACCGGACGAUGGAAGUACCCGGGAAGGAUCGCUAUGCCCUGUACGCGAAGCUUAUCGAGGAGGGUAACUGGUCUCUCCUGCUGGCUACCUUUGAAGAUUCUGUAUAUAACCUUGAAGCCAAUUCAGAGAUGUAUCGUUUCUGGGCCAAGGAGAUGAGGGAGAGGGUAAAUGAUCUAAGACUGAAGGAUUUACUCAUACCUCUGGAGUCUUCAUAUCCCAUCGGAAUGAAGAGGCCCUGUCUCGAAUCUGGCUAUUACGAAGUGUUCAAUCAGCAGAAUGUCGAGUUAGUUGAUGUCAGUGCAACACCAGUGGAGGAAGCCACUGAGACUGGAAUUUUCACAAGCAACACCCACCGUCCUUUCGACUAUAUCAUCUGGGCAACAGGCUUUCAGGCUCGGACCAGCACUCUUACCCAUAUGAACAUCCAAGGCAAAAAUGAUCUUACGUUUGAAUCGGCAUGGGACCAAGGCGUCCGCACCCAUCUCGGAAUGGCAACGCACGGAUUCCCGAAUCUCUUUUAUCUCUAUGGUCCUAAGUCUGCUACACUGAGAGUCAAUGCUCCUGCAGUCAUCAAAGCCCAAGUAGAAUGGCUGUCAAGAGCAUUGAUUAAUAUGAAAGAAUACAGCAUCACAUCCUGCCAGCCUACUCGCGAAGCCGAGACUAUCUGGUGGAACAAAACCGCGGACCCCUGGUAUCGUACCGUCUAUCCACGCGCCCAGUUUUGGGAGACGCGAGGAGCUGAUGGAAAGCGUGAUGAGCCUUCAUGAUAAGAAAGAACGCCCUGCAUUACCUGAAUAUUACUAAUUGAAAUAGGUUUGCUGGAUUGCUGGAUUGCCGGCAUACAUGAAUGAGCUGGAGACGUGUCAAGC